GUUAGGUUAUGUGAUUAGUUUGUUGUCAAACUCAAAUUCGCUUAAUCAUUUCUACUGUAUGUCUGUAUAUUGUAUACUUUGUGUCGAUUAACAGUAGUGACUAGCCAAUUCAUUUUCAAAACGAACUUAGGUAUCUCUGAGACUGUCAUUACAGGUAUGUAUCAAAUUUUUGAAAACAUAUAGCCAAAUGCCUGGUAAUCAAUUUAUUAUUAUUUUAUUUUGUCGAUAGUUCAUAAGUUAUGGAUCGUUUAUUAAGACUGGGUGGUGGUAUUCCUAUGGGACAAGGGCCUGUACAAUCAGCCGAUACCCCCGUUGUCGAUACUGCCGAACAAGUAUAUGUGUCAUCAUUGGCUUUGUUAAAAAUGCUAAAACAUGGACGAGCUGGAGUUCCAAUGGAAGUUAUGGGUUUGAUGUUGGGUGAAUUUGUAGAUGAUUACACUGUACGUGUAAUUGAUGUAUUUGCCAUGCCCCAAACAGGAACAGUAAGAAUAUUAAAUAUUGUAAUAUUAUUUUCCCACUUAUUAACUAAUCAAUAAUGUUUUCAGGGUGUGAGUGUUGAAGCUGUAGAUCCUGUAUUCCAAGCUAAGAUGUUAGAUAUGUUAAAACAGACUGGUAGACCAGAAAUGGUCGUUGGAUGGUAUCAUUCACAUCCUGGAUUUGGUUGUUGGCUGUCUGGCGUGGAUAUCAAUACCCAACAAAGUUUUGAAGCACUUUCUGAAAGAGCAGUUGCUGUUGUGGUUGAUCCAAUUCAGAGUGUUAAAGGUAUUAAUCAUUUAAAUAAUAUUAGCAAAUAUUACCUACAAAUAAAGUUAAAAUGUUCAACAUUUUUAGUUUCUGAGUGGAGCAAGGAAAUUUACAAUGAUGUUUAUUUAUUUUUAUAUUGUGAACAACUUUUCUACCAGAAAUCUCUGUCCAAUUUACAAGUAUAGCACAUUUUCUGAUAGGAAAUCUGACUGGGGUAGUGCUUUAUGUCAAUUUUUGAUUUUUCCAGGUGUUUUCAUAAUAAACAGAGAAAAAACAUAGGUAAAACAAGAAAAUAGGUACAAUAUUAAACAAAUAUUAUUAAAGAAAAUUUUUAAUAUAUGUGAAAUUAUUUUACUAUGAUAUGACAUAUUGUUGACAAAACAACACUAUUAACCGAACUCCACUCAGAAUUGUUUUUGUUAGCAAUGCUUAAUCAUUGCUUACAUAUAUAUGUCAUAGGCCAUAUAGAAAAUUAGUCUUUUUGCGAAAAGAUUCAUGCUUAUUGCAUAUGGACUAACAGCAGUUAGGUCUUUUAAGAACUAAAAUAAUAAAUAUUUUACUUAUUUUAUUUUAGGGUAAUUUAUUACUUUUACAAAAAAAUAUAUCAAUAGAAUUAUAAUAAAAUGUAAACACUAAACUGAAUAGUUUUAAUAAAUAUGGUACUUAUUAUAAUAUAGUAUUAUAUUUAUUUUAUAAACUAUAUCAAUAGCGAGUUUCAGUGAAGUUUAGAUUAUUUUAAAAAUGUUGACUGUUGUAUUACUAGUUUUAUUUUGUUAUAAUAUUAGGGUUAUUAACAUAGAUAAGUUAUAAAAUAUAUAACAAUAAAUUAAUAAAUAAUGAAGUAAAAUAAAGUAGAUAUUUUAUUAAGUGCAUCUACAACUGCAGAUUAAAGUUCAUGAAACACAAGUAUUGCAUUUGAAAUACAUUUUGUCUUAUAGGAUAACUAAAUAAUCACAAAUAUGUAUAUUUUAACAUUUUUAAGUAUUAAUCAUCCUGUCAUACUAGGCAGUUCUAGAAUAAAAAAUAAAACAAAAGAUUUUUAUUGGUAUUUUAAUCCUCCCCCUGUAUGUGUCACUGAAUGCAAAGAUAAUUUAUUUUGGAGCUCUUUAAAAAAAUAAAAUUCUCUAGUAUCUACCUAUAUGAUAAUUAUGUUAUGAAAUUGUUUUUGCUUUAUCAUAUAUAUUGCAAUUUAAAAUUUGAUUUUUUAUAUUUAAUAUUUUUAAUAUGCAUUUUACAAGUGCAACAUUUGACAAAAAUCUUAAGUUACUGCAUUUUAAAACCUGAUACUGAACUUUACUCAGAAUCAUUUUUUUUUAACAAUGGUUUAUUGUUGUAUAAAUUAAAUCACCCUACAUUUAUGUUACCUUCUAACUUACUACCUAACACAGUGUUACACCCAUGUAUCUUUAUUAGUUUUGUUAUAUUUUAAUGUUAAAUGUGUUAUAUAUAAUUUUGAAUUUAAAAAUUUGUUAUACUGACGUGUGUGAUGAGGUAUUAAUAUUUAAAUUCAAAUGUGUUUUCUAUUAAAUAGAAAAUAUGCUUCCCCUUCACUAUUAAUGAAAAGAAAUGAAAAGAAUUCAAGAAAAAUUAAAACAAUAUAACUAAUUUUUUAUAUUAUUAUUUUAAAAAUGUAUUCACAAUCUAUAAAUAAAUAGGUGUACAGUAAGCAAAAGUGAAAAAAAAAAUGAUAACGGCUGGAUAAAGAAACCCCUAGAUAAUAAUGAACUGUUUUAUAACAAUUUCUUUCAGCAACAUUUUUUGUUUAUGUACCUACUUUAUUCGAUUAUAAAAUAUAUGUUUAUUGCUAUUCAAAUACUUUAUUUAUAUUAAUUGAAUUACUAAUCAAAGUUAGUAUAAUAUAAUUGAACAUGACAUUUUUAUUUUAGGUAAAGUAGUGAUUGACGCUUUCCGUUUAAUUAAUCCAAAUAUGAUGGUACUUGGCCAAGAGCCAAGGCAAACUACUAGCAACUUGGGACAUUUACAAAAACCAUCAGUUCAGGUCAGUUAACUGUUAUUGUUAACAAUUGUAAAUUGUUAUUGUUUUCAUAUUUUUACAAACAGCAUGAUGUAAUAAUAAUAAUAUAAUAUAAUUAUAUAUAACAAAUUUACGUUUUCUUUAGGCUUUAAUUCAUGGUCUUAAUCGUCAUUACUAUUCUAUCUCAAUAAAUUAUCGCAAGAAUGAACUUGAACAAAAAAUGUUAUUGAAUUUACACAAAAAGUCAUGGAUGGAUGGCAUGGCACUUGAAGAUUAUGAAAAACAUUGCGAUACUAAUCGGACAACUGUUAAAGAUAUGCUAGAACUAGCCAAGUCAUAUAACAAAGUAAAUAUAUUUAAAAUGGAGUUAUUUUUUUCAUGACUAAAAUUUUUAUUGAUAGGCUCUGGAAGAAGAGGAUAAAAUGACACCAGAACAAUUGGCCAUAAAAAAUGUUGGUAAACAAGAUCCGAAGAGACAUUUAGAAGAAAAAGUUGAUAAUUUGAUGACUGGAAACAUUGUCCAGUGCUUGGGUUCUAUGUUGGAUACUGUAGUAUUUAAAUAGUAUUUAAAGUAAAGUUGUAUUAUAAGAAAAACUUGGAAUGAAUUAAACUAUAUUAAUUAUAUUGAAGAAAGUUAAUGAUUAAUAUAUGUACAAAUAUUAUCCAUCUUUUUAUAUAUAUACAUGUAUAUAUAUAAUAUAUAUACAUGUAUAUUUUAAUACUAAAAAAAAUCAUAAUUAAUACAAAUUUCUAUUCAUAAAAUAUUUACUAAUUUUGUCAUUGUGGGGAUACUUGAUUAAAUUUAAAUUCAAUUUUUAUAAUAAUAAAAAAAAAUUACUUUUUUAAAAUUUAGUUCAGUGAUUUAGUUGCAUACAAUUUUUUAUGUACUCUCAUCAAUCCUAUUUCAUUAAAUUUACAUUGUGUACAAAAAUUAUUUUAUUUGUGCAUUUUUACAUAUUGCAUAAUGUAUUUAAUUUGUCAUUUACUUAAAUAAUUGUAAAACUAAAUUAGUUACAAAUGUGACCCAUUAAAAUGUAUUCAUGUACAUUUUAUGAGGCAUGCCCCAAUACUAAAAUCUCCAUGUUCCUUUCGCUAAAAAAUAAAUAUUUUUCCAUAAGUUAGUAAUACGAGUGUAUAUAUAUAUAUACAUAAAGCUUUCAAAUGGAAGUUGAAUCAACUUGAUCCGAUGUUUAGUUUGCGAUGAACGCUUCUACAUCAGCCACCUCCACCUUGCUUCCCAUGUAUUCUUAAUGCGAACUCUGCGCCGUUAUUUGUUUUUUUGCAUUUAAAGGGUGAAACUCCAAUAUUCUUACAUCGUCAUUUGUUGAUCUUUACAAAGCUCAGCUUCAAGUUUUUCUUUCACCUCAUCUGAAAUCGAAAGUCUCCCACUUCUCUAUUCAUCAUGAAUUUCCAUUCCACCUUCUGAAACUUAUCUACACCACUUUUUCCCACUUUUUGCUAAUAUGCAAGCUAUUCCAGGUCUCACAAAGUUUUCACAAGAAUAUUGGAGUUUCACCCUUUGAAUGUAAAAAAUGAAAAAUUACACAAAGUUCACAUUGAGCAUAUAUAGAAAGAAAGGUUGUGGCGGCUGACAUAGAAGAGUCCAUUGUAAACGUGUCAGACGUAAACUAAACAUUGUAUUAGUUGAGCCAACUUCUGUUUGAAAGGGAAGGAGUUUUACUAUACUGUGUUAGCAAACUAUUGGGUAUGCCUCGUAUAAAGUUUAAAAAUUAUAGACAAAUCAAAUUUCAAUAUUUAAUAUUUUUAUAUAAAAUAACAGCUUCCAGUUUUAUUUCAUUUAAAAUACAGUAAAUCAUAGGUUAAAUAAUUGAUCUUUUACAUUAAAUGACUUGUUACAACAAAAAAAAGUUGUAUAUUUUUUUCAGCAUUGCCUAUAAAAAUGAUCUAUCUACUUGUCUAUUUGACUAGAAGUGUUUAUUUUUUGUUGUAGCAUAUAUAAUACUUAAUAUGAGAAUAUUAUGCUAGUAUAAAACUUGAAACAAAAUAUUAGUUAUUUAUAUUUUGUAUUUAUUAUUAUUACUGAUAUCUUGGUGUAAAUGUUCUGUAAUAAUUAUUCUGAAAAUUGAAAACUUACAUUAUAAUCCAAAAUAUCAGAAACUUCUUAUUUUAUAUUGUACUUUAUUUGCUAUUUGGAUUGUUGAUGAAGUUUUUUUUCUGGAUUAUGCUUUAUCAGAAAUUAAUAAAACUUAAUAAACUUAAUAUUUUAGGGUAAUUCAAUUUUUUUAAAAUAGUAAAAAAGUAUGUUUCAUUAAUGAGAAACUAUGCGAUUUAUCUUAAACUGAAAUUGGAUGACCAUAAAUGCUGUCGCUUUGGCAAUUAAAAUGAGUAAUUGUUUGAAAUUAAUUUUGAAAAACCCACAUAACUUGAAAUUGAAAUUUGCAUGCAAUCUUCCUAGUAAAAAAUAUGCUAUCUAAAAUGAAAAUAAAACAAUGGGAUAAUUAUUCUUUUGUAUUUAUCAAAGUUUAAAAAUAUAUAUAUAUAUGUAAGUUACCUGUCUAUGAAUCCUUGGGUUUGUUUCUAAAACAAUUCGCUGGUUUAACAAAAGUGUUGUCCGUUUUAUCUAUAAAACAUAGUUAUUCUAUAUUUGUAUUUUUUAGCAACAAAAUGAACAAUGCAUUUUAGAUAUGUAACAUUUAUUACAAUAAUGAAUAAAUAAUUGAGAAUGUGUAGAAACACCAAAAAAUAUAACAUUGGAAAUGUAUGUAUAAAAUACUAAAUUAUAAAUAAAAUAAAUACGUCAAUUAAUUUUUAUGCUACUUGUACUAAAUAAAAAUUGUAAUUUCUAUAAUUAAUUACUUUAAAUAAUUAUUAACUAGUAUCAAAUCUUUUUUUUAAAUUUUUUUAUUUCUUCGUUUUCCAUAUUUAUUUAGUUUAUUACAUAAUGUUUCCACGCAAAAUCAA